AUGUCCAACCGUUUGAUGAUUCCGGACAGUUUUCGGCAGCGGAUUCUCAAGCAACUGCAUCGAGGACAUCCGGGAAUAGAGCGGAUGAAAGCUAUCGCACGUAGUCACGUGUACUGGCCGAGGAUCGAUGACCACAUUGCUGAUUUUGUGAAGAGAUGUGAAAGCUGUGUCACACAUUCCAAGACACCGUCUAAGGUUCCGCUACAGUCGUGGCCACCCGCUCAAUCUCCCUGGGAGCGUAUCCACAUCGACAUCCCCGGCCCAAUCAACGGUCUGCACUUCCUCAUAGUAGUGAACGCCUUCACCAAGUGGCCGGAAAUUCGCAUCGUUCGAUCCCCGAUAACAUCAGCAGUGACCGAGUUCCUCGACGAGGUGUUUGCCCGUUUUGGCGUUCCCAACGUCAUAGUCUCCGACAAUGGAACGCAGUUCACGUCGGAACAGUUCGCUGUUUUGUGCAGAAAGAACGGCAUUCAACAUUUCCGGACAUCGCCGUAUCACCCACAGUCCAAUGGCCAGGCGGAGAUAUUUGUGGACACCUUUAAGGGGUCGUUGCGCAAAAUCAACGAGGGGGAAAGUAUCUCGGAAUCGCUUCAGACGUUCCUCCAGGUCUAUCGAACCACUCCCAGUCGUGUUCUGAAUAGCAGAACUCCUUCGCAGCUGUUGCUUGGUCGAAACAUCAAGACGGUUCUCGAUCUCCUGCAUUACCAACAACCGAAGCCAGUGGUUCUCAAUCAACGUCAAGACGAACAGUUCAACCGGAAGCAUGGCGCAACUCCUCGUGGCUUCCGAAAAGGCGACAUGGUCUACGCCAAGGUCUACCGCAGCAACACCUCGUGGCAGUGGGGAUCCGGCGUAAUCAUCGUGGUCAUCGGACGGGUCAACCACAACGUGCUACUGGACGAUUGGCAUGGACGGAAGAGGCUCAUCAGAUCGCACUCCAACCAGCUCAAGCAUCGUUCCAGUGAAGCAAAAACCGGCGCAGCAGAUUCCACACCACUGGGUAUCCUGGUGGACAUGUUUGGAAUUCAAUCUCCUGGACCAGCAGUACAGCCCGCUCAACAAGCUCAAGCCGAGCAGGAACCACUUCCUGUUCCAUCCAUCAGCCACGAACCGAGGUGCAAGUAG